GUCACGCAGUAGUAUACUCCGGCUCGCUUUCUCGUAACCUUCCUCAGCUGGAGUGAAGUCCGUCUGGGCCUCCCGGGGGUUGCAGGCCAGCAGCAACGCCCAACGCCCGCUCUGGCCUCUAGCCGCCGCCCCCUCUUUUAUAAAUCCCUCGCCAGCGCUUCCUCUUUUGACAAAUCGGUCGAGAGGGGGUGGGGGAAGACGAUAAAGUCAAUCUGCUUGAUUUGGGUUGGGCUCGUGCUUGCGAGGAGUGAGAAGGCGGCGGCGUCUUCUUCUUCUCCGAGGGGGGUAAGUUAGCUAGAGGGGAGAGGAGCGAGGAUGAGCGGAGGAGGCAUGGACGGGGCUCCGCCGGUCGCCGAGUUCCGGCCGACGGUGACGCACGGCGGCCGGUUCCUCCAGUACAACAUCUUCGGCAACCUGUUCGAGAUCACCAACAAAUACCAGCCGCCCAUCAUGCCCAUCGGCCGCGGCGCCUACGGGAUCGUCUGCUCGGUGAUGAACUUCGAGACGAGGGAGAUGGUGGCGAUCAAGAAGAUCGCCAGCGCUUUCGAUAACCACAUGGACGCCAAGCGCACGCUCCGGGAGAUCAAGCUGCUCCGGCACCUCGACCACGAGAACAUCAUAGGCAUCCGGGACGUGAUCCCGCCGCCGAUCCCGCAGGCGUUCAACGAUGUGUACAUCGGCACCGAGCUCAUGGACACGGACCUCCACCACAUCAUCCGCUCCAACCAGGAGCUCUCGGAGGAGCACUGCCAGUACUUCCUGUACCAGAUCCUGCGCGGGCUCAAGUACAUCCACUCGGCCAACGUGAUCCACCGCGACCUGAAGCCCAGCAACCUGCUGCUGAACGCCAACUGCGACCUCAAGAUCUGCGACUUCGGGCUGGCCCGGCCGUCCUCCGAGAGCGACAUGAUGACGGAGUACGUGGUGACGCGGUGGUACCGCGCCCCCGAGCUCCUGCUCAACUCCACCGACUACUCGGCCGCCAUCGACGUCUGGUCCGUCGGCUGCAUCUUCAUGGAGCUCAUCAACCGCCAGCCCCUCUUCCCCGGCCGCGACCACAUGCACCAGAUGCGCCUCAUCACCGAGGUAACUUUCGGCGUCUCGGGUUGCACGAUGGCAUUUCAGUAUUUCACUCGUGUAUCUCUGACGCCUUCGACCUAUCAUCAUCAUCAUCGGCAGGUGAUCGGGACGCCGACGGAUGAGGAGCUCGGGUUCAUCCGGAACGAGGACGCGCGCAAGUACAUGCGGCACCUGCCGCAGUUCCCGCGGCGGCCGUUCGCGAGCCUGUUCCCGAGGGUGCAGCCCGUGGCGCUGGACCUCAUCGAGCGGAUGCUCACCUUCAACCCGCUGCAGAGGAUCACAGUUGAAGAGGCGCUGGACCACCCGUACCUGGAGCGAUUACACGACAUCGCUGACGAGCCCAUCUGCACGGAUCCGUUCUCGUUCGACUUCGAGCAGCAGGCUCUGACUGAGGACCAAAUGAAGCAGCUAAUUUUCAACGAGGCCAUCGAAAUGAACCCGAAUUUCCGAUAUUAGAUUGGAUCCCCAGAUGUACGGUUCACAUCUAUGCAUGUUGUUUGUAAAUAGGAGUAAGAUUUAAGAGCCGGGUAGACUGAACAUUGCAUUUGUUUGUUUGUUGAUGUUCGAGCCCACCAUCCUGUCAGUGUAAUGCUGUGUAAGCUGUUCCUACUAGUUUCAGGCGUCGCUGUAAUCUAUUGUACCAAGAAUAAAAGGUUUGGAGCAUGAUUUUCGAAUUUCGAGCA